GAAAUGACAAUCUGCUAUCACUACCUUUAUUGUGACCUCGGCUCCUCUGUGGAUGUAGAGGAUUGUACUGCAAAUCAAAACAACUACAGGCCACGUUUCAGGUUGAUUUGUACUGUUUUCUCUGUGUGUCUCCAUCUCUGGUUGUGACAUGGGGCUUAUGUGUGGGGGCGGGGUCAAAGAGGCUCAGUCAGAGGGAUUAUCAUUGUACUUUACACACACGCACACACACACGCACACACACACGCACACACACACACACACACACACACACGUGCAAAGACAAUUUAGGCUGAAUUGGACGACUACUGAGAUUUUUCAGCAUGAUCAACCCCACCCCCACCUUUAUACCAGCACACACCCUCAGCAAAAGGCUUAAAUCUCCGUCAUACACAACUCAGGGUCCCAGAGUGAGUCAGGAGACCACCAAGGAUAAAUCGCAGGAUCAAAGCACCAUUAACCUCACCUCCUGCAGCAUAUUCACUGUAAUACUGCCUGGAUGCUGUAACAGAGGAGGACAUAACACCAGAGAGGCUGAGUGUGUGUGUGUGAGCUAAGUGGAGCAAAGGAGAUGAGAUCUUAGUGGACACCAGCCAGUGGAUCAAACUCAGAAUGGAGGGAGAGCCGACCCAUGUGAGCGGAGCCAGAGGAGGGAAGAGGAGUGAGAGGUUGUGUUCGCGAGAAGAGAGGAAGAGGAGGAAGACAUUUGUGGUGGAGGAAGGCCAAACCAGUGGCCAGCAGAAGCUCCCUGAAUGCUCAUCAGGGUCCAGUGUCUCCCACGAUGACCGUAGCUCAGCAACAAGCGGUCUGGAUGUGGUGGACCGGCUCACCUACCUGGAGCAGAGGAUGCAGAUGCAGGAAGAUGAGAUCCAGCUGCUGAAGCUUUCUCUGGCUGACGUCCUGAAGAGACUCAACAUCUCUGAGGAGCACCAAGCUGCUGCUGCAGCAGGGAGGAGGCCAUUAGGAGCUAAAGCGAGGCCUGUGUCUCUGGCUCUGCCCUCCAGAGCGCCUAUGACAACCUCCAGCGCUGCCUCCCUGAAGAAGAGCUCCACGCUGCCCUCUAGCUCCAUAGCCAGGAACUACAGCCCCACACCGCCCCGCAGUGGCGUGAAGAGCCCACCCGGUAGUGUGAAGGACAGUCCAUGUAAGACGGCCAAAUCUCGACCCAGCUCUGCGUCCUCCACCUGCAGGAAACCUCAGGAAAGCAGCAAGUCCAAAGACGCUGCAGUCAAUGUAGGGUCGAGGCGUGUGACACACUGCAAAGUGACUAUGCAGAUCUAUCUGAGCCCCCUCGCAAGAAAGACUGGGUCUUCUGAGACCGCCAAAUCUUCGGCCUCUGUGCCUGCCAGCAGCGGGUCAGCGGCAGCGCCUCACAACCCUCAGGCAAAGGGGGGCAGCAAGACGGGGGCGAGGAAAACAACCCCAUCGUUCACCUUAAACCUACAGAAAACCACUACAAGCCACAACACGGCCCAGGACACAUCCAGCUACAAGAGCCCGCUCAAAUCACCCAGCCAGUACUUCCAGAUCUGUUAUUAAACGCAAACAAUUUUUUGAAAGCCUAUAUUGACCGCUUGAAGAAAUAUAGACUUUAUUCAAUUCUGAAAAAAACAAUAGAUUGAUUUUUAAUGUGCAAAGAUUACAUGAUUUUCAUCUUUUGACUUUUUGAAAACAAUUCUUUAACAGUUUUCAGAAAACGUCACUGUCAUGUUUAAUACUCACAUGAUCACCCAUUUCAAGCGUAGUGUAAGAACUGUAAUGCAUUUUUAGCCUCCUCAGAGACCUCAGUGUAGCCGUAGAUCUGUCUCAUGCUAGUACCUGCGUUUUGUUUCUCUGAACGCUUGUUGUUUGCUGUAAAAUCUUCUCUGUCACUCUGUGUGAAGUACUGAGUCUGUGGGCGGUAGAGGGAACUUGUGUUUGAUGUCAGUGUGUGUGUCAUGUUUGUGUGGUCGCUGUUUUGUUUCCAGUUUUGUUUUUGGUGUCCCACUUUGAGCAUAAAUACUAAACUGCAUUUAACACAAUCUGUGAAAAUUCUGUUCUUUAUAGUUUGAAAAAGACAGUAAAACAAUUAAUAAAGGAUAUGAUCAC